CUCCUUCCUGUCACACCUUGUUGGUAGCAGGUAUGUGGUUGGAGUCAUUGCUGGAGUUACAGGUAGUGGCUUGUAGAUCAGAAGUAAGACGGUGUGCUGCAGAGGGGGAGGAAAAGCUGCUGUGGACUCAUGGAAGCAAUAAGGGAACAGAGGGCAUCUAUGGGCUGACAUUGGCAGGAGCGUGCCGAGGUUUCUUCGAACCCAUCAAAAUGAAGCAGUGCUUUUUCAAUGAAAGUAUCUUAUUCUUCUACAAUAAUAGCGGGAAAGAAUUAUCGACGAUAUGGAGACCAAAAGAUGCUCUGGUGGUCGGCUUGGGACUAACCGUGUGUGUCUUUGUGCUGUUGACCAACACCUUAGUUAUAACAGCCAUUAUAAUCAACAAACGUUUUCACUACCCUAUCUACUAUCUCCUAGGGAAUCUGGCGGCAGCUGAUUUAUUCGCUGGAGUGGCCUACACUUAUCUCAUGUUCCAUACUGGCCCAAGGACGGUUAGCCUGACUGUGAAAACAUGGCUUCUCCGCCAGAGCUUACUGGAUACUAGCUUGACAGCCUCUGUGGCUAAUCUGUUGGCCAUAGCUGUGGAGCGACACCAAACAAUAUUUACUAUGCAGCUUCAUAGUAAGAUGUCCAACCAGCGGGUUUGCAUCCUCAUUGCCUGUAUAUGGCUUGCGGCGUUGUUACUGGGACUUAUACCAUCUUUCGGCUGGCACUGCAUCUGUGAUCUCAAGGCUUGCUCGCGGAUGGCCCCCUUGUACAGUCGGAGUUAUCUCAUCUUUUGGGCGGUAUCCAACUUGGUGGCCUUUCUGAUUAUGAUGGUGGUAUACAUGCAUAUCUUUAUAUACGUUAAGAGGAAGAUGGUGAGGAUGUCGAAGCACACGUCAUUCCAUCCAAAAUACCGGGAGACCAUGAUCAACUUAAUGAAGACAGUGUUCAUCAUUUUAAGCGCCUUUGUAAUCUGCUGGACACCAGGGCAAGUGAUCCUCCUUCUGGAUGGGUUAGGCUGCACAUCUUGUGACGUGUUGACCGUAGAAAAGUAUUUCCUUCUUCUUGCUGAAAUCAACUCCGUCAUCAACCCCAUUGUCUACUCUUACAGAGACAAUGAGAUGCGCGCGACCUUCAAACAGAUCCUGUGCUUAUGUUGUAACCGACGCUCCAAAUACUCAACUUCCAUCAAGUCUACAAACACAGAGAGGAGAAUACUGGCUGACAAUGGACAUCUGGUUAGGGACUCCACACUUUAGACAUGUCGAAUGUUGGCUCUCACUGGACUGAACCUAAAAGGAGACUUGCCACUAUGGUGCCAUGGAUCUGGAGCUGACUCCAUCAAUAACCAAACAAAUCUGACUUUUAUAUUUUAUGUGAAGCAUGACCAAAUUACACCACCAGUAUCUUUCUAUAAGAAAAAACGUCUGGGUCCUGGAUUGUGUAUGAUGAUUCUUCCGACUGUAUUUGUACCUUUAAAGCUAAGGUACCACAAUUUGGAUCCGUUUGUCAAUAUGAACGAUUGGCUGCCACAUGCUUCAGAUACCAUGAGAAGAAUUUGGCAGCAGGAACCAUUCAGCCAGGGACUAUACUGAGAUGUCUACAGAACAAUGAGAUGUUGUUUACAAGGCUUAUGAAAGCCCUAAAGAGAGAAAAAUGAGCCUUAAAUCGAAAGUUGGUUGCUAAGAGGGAAAACUCUGGGACAUAUUGUAGUGUGUUAAAAUUUUAGGAACAAUGAUUUCUGGAAAGACUAUAGUUUGAAAUUACCUGCAAUAUAUACUGUAUAUAUUAUAUAUAUUUUUUAAUAGUU